GAGGUGUCGUUGAAGAAGCCCGGGGUCACCGCCCGCGUGAUGCCCAGCUUCCUGCGCUUCGGCUCAGCUCAGCUGGCGGCCAAGCGCCAGGGCCCGCAAGGCCUGGUGCGCUUGGCUCGGUUUGCCCUGGGCGUGCUGGCGCGCACUGAGCGUGCAGGCGUUGCGGCGCCCCCUGGAUCGGAGUCUUUGCCCCCGCCUCUCCGUGAGAGCUGCUUCUUUGGGAGCCAGCGGAGCUGCGCUCAUGAGGCAGACGCGCUCUCAGAUGACGCGGUGCUGCGGUGCCUGCUGGAGCGAACUGUGCAGCGCACCGCCGCGCUUGUGGCAGCGUGGAUGGCAGUCGGCUUUGCCCACGGCGUCAUGAACACGGACAACCUCAGUCUGUUGGGUCUGACGGUGGACCUCAACGUCUAUGGCUUCCUGUCAAAGUAUGACCCUGCCUGGGCACCAAAUCACAUCGACGACACCGCCAGGUAUGCCUUCGGCGCGCAGCCGGAGAUUGCCAAGUGGAAUCUGGAGAGGCUCAGCGAUGCGCUCACAGGCACUGCCUUCGUGAUGGAUCGGGAGCCGGAUGCCGGGGAGUGGCACCAAGGAGAGGAAUGGCUUGACAAAAAGUCCGCCCAGCUGGAGCUGACGCGCUUCCAGGGCCUCUUCCAGAAGUGCUACGUGGCGCGCAUGGAGCUCCGCCUCGGCUUAGCGCCUUCAGGAGCGCCCUGCGUCACCUCCGGCAGCAGCGGCUGCACGGUGCGGCGCUGGCUCCGUUGGCUCGAGGCCUCAGGCGCCGACUACGUGCGCGCCAGCAGGGGCCUGGCCGAGGCUUCGGACGCGGACGCGCUGGCGGCCCACGCUGGCGCCGACCCUGCCAAGAAUGCGGAGCUGAAAGAGAUCCUUGCAGAUUUGUCCAAGCUUCAGGGUGAGCACUGGCGCGAGUUGGUGCGAGCACGGGUGCCGGUGCUGGCCCCGCGGAGCCACGUGUUGCAGGAAGCGGCACGGAUGGUGGAGAUGGAGAAGCCAGGCGCUGUGGUGCGCGGCUUCCUCCAGGCCUUGCAGCAGCUUUUGCGGGAGCCCUUCGACCUCCAGCCCCAGGUGCUGACUGCUGCCCAUGAUGACCCCAGAUCUUUCUGGCGUGGCCGGGAUCUCUCUGCGGAGAGCCUCAGCGAGCAGUCUGCGGAACGCCUGCGCGAGCAGCUCAAAGAACGGCUGUCAGCAAUGCCACCGCAGAACCUGCAGCAGAUCAGAACCAGCUGUGGAGCGCAGUGACCCGAGCUG